CAAGCAAACUAGGGGCCAGCUGGUAUAUAAGGCCAGCAGGACGGACAUCGGUCGUCUCCUGACCAUCACUUGACUGUCUUCCCAACUCUAGUCGACGCCUGUGGCGAGAGCAGGAACAGCUUCUCCGACAUCUGUUAACCGGCCGUUAGAAAAUUCCAGAAUGCUGGCUCUAGCUCUCAUCUUUGCUGCGGCAAUCAGCGUCCAGGCUGCCGACUACUACGACUCCGAACUGUGCGGCAACAUCCAGCCAGGACUGUGGGUGCGUGACCCACAAAACUGUAUGAUCGCUCAUCAGUGUGGCUUCGAUGGGGAGAUCACACAGUCAGUUCGGUGCAACGCCAGUCAAGUGUGGUCCAAACUUGCUUCCUCCUGCGUCUGGGAAUGGGACCCUGACAGGGAUGAUUGUAACGGCUCACCCCAGGUUCCCAUGCCUAACGAUCCUCGCUGCGUGAAGAAGACUGGCAACAACCCUGACCCUGAUGACUGCUCACGCUUCGUGUCCUGCGCCAACGGCACCCUGAUCGCCAUCCAGCGCUGUGGGGACGGUACCCUGUACUGGCCCAAGAACAACACCUGUGAGUUCGCACAGGCGGUCGUGCAGGACUGUGGCAACCGCAAGGUCCCAGACACCAUCGUCAUCCCACAAGACGACCCUCUGUGUCGUGACGACGGCCAGGUGCCAGACCCCGAGAGCUGCCGGCACUUCAUCCUGUGCCAACAUGGCCGCCGCACCCAGCGCCUCCAGUGUCCGCACGGCACCUCCUUCUCCGGCCAGUCCCGCAAAUGCGAAUGGAGCUCCGAAGUGAAAUGCUAGAGGAAACCAAUCUCCAAACUUCGCCAAAACAAAAUCACGCCAGGAUCGUAUCUCAGCCUCUGAAAACAUAUCGCGCAUCACUGCAACAGUCACAGAGUGCUUCUUUCAACACCGCAAGAACAUCUGAUGGGACAGUAGGGUGGAACGAGGGGAUUUGUGUGCAAAAACGAACUGAAUCGCCAUUUUGUUGCUCUAUUCAUGUUUUUUCUAAGCUGAAGCAAUUUACUGGGGUAGGGGUAUAACAUUUUCUGGCCAUAAAAUAAAACCCAAGUCUUGUGUUCAUCUCGAGGAACAUCUAUGUUCCAGGGUCGCUGUGCAUUUUCUGUCACCGUAAAUGUAUACACCUGCACUCAAUGUUAUCACAAGUCAUCUUUUUUUAAGUAUUAUAACCAUGUAUCUGAAAGUAUUAUUGUCUCAAAUGCUCAAAUUACCUGGUCAACGUUUUAAGUCUGUAACUGGCCAAAUGAAAAAGCUGUUGACAACAGCAAUUUCUCUCCCAUGUCCAGACAAUAACAAAAAUUUGGCCAUCAUGUUACUACUGCGUUGUCCAGUCGCCCAAAAGGCUAUAUUCAAAUCAUAAUUUUUCAUUAUUUCAUGAGAACUGCAUGCGGACAUUCUAAUGUUAUAAAAUUCAGAUUUCAAGUCUUGUAAAGAGAAUGAAUGCUCCAGCAAUGAAUAAGCAUGUGGGACGCAUGACACUUUCCAUGCGACAUUUUUUAACGAUCAGUUUAACAGCUAAAUAGCUGACGAUAUACAAGAUCUGUGUCAAGACGGGCGCACCCAUCAUGGUUUUUGUUCUGCUUUAAGUUUUUUUUUUUAUACUCUAUGGCUGAUUUGUGAAAACUGUUGCAUUUCAUAGAAGCAAUAAAAUGUCUUAAGAUUUCA